CUCUUCAGUACACAGCUCCUGGAGAUCGUCAAUGGACACGUGCAACACGCAUUCAGGAGUCAUAGCUUUGAUGUCUUUAUGUUUCAGUACAGAAAACACUUGAUGCAUGAGCUCUACUCUAUCAUGUAUAUAAUAAACCAAAUCGUAGUCGUCUUUCGGCCGUUCAUGCGAAGUUGAAGACUCCGGCUUCUCACUUUUAAUGUGAUGUUUCUUAACCCGCUUCAUUGUUAAAAUUAUGAUUUAAAUUCUUUUUAUUAGUCAAUCAAAACAAACACCAUUGGAAAUGAUUUUAUGACAAUAUGUACAAUUUAAAAAGUCACAGGAUAAUAUGGUAAUGUUAUAAAAUUAAGCACCUUUUUUAACUAGCCGGGUUUAUAAAGGCUAUAUCACAGACUAUACAGAAGAAUGACAGUUCGCUCGCUAUUUCAUGAUGCGUUCAGAUUUGUUAAAAUUAUGGCUAAUUAUUUUGCACACUUUCGGAGAUAAAUUAAACUAGAAUACUUAACACUUUGGCUUCGUAUUACAGAAUAACCUUUAAAACUGUUUAAAAUAAAAGUGUAACUACAGACAGGUUAAUAUCCGAUUUAAAACUAUGCCAGAGAAAAUUAAGGUGUCAGAUGAAAUGUCAUUAAGUAAUGACUUUUUACAAAUGACAAAACAUAUAAAAAUAUGUUAAUUUUAAAUUAAUUUUGGUCCAUAUUUCUACUCUAAUGUGUAUUAUAUAUUAAACUAUAAAUUAAUACACAACUUCACGUGAAGAUGUCUCGAAAGAAAGCAAGUGUUUUGUCAAUCAAAGUUUAAUCAAAGCUUUGAUGAAUAUGAAUCAAAGUAGUUACUCUGAAUUCACUUUGCUAUUAUCUUGAAAAUAUCACGAAAGAAAAAAAGAACAUUAAUAACAUAAAGUAUAAAAUUUAAGUAAACUGUACACAUCCAUAAGUGGUUUAUGAAUUUCUUCCAAGAUGACGGUGGAAAAGCUUUAUGAAAGUGAUAGUUUUUUAGUUGUAAAUAAGCCUUUCGACAUGUAUAUAAACUCAGACGAUGAAAACGAAAAGAACACAGUAACUUGCCACAUCGCGUCGCCGGACUCCCAUCUAUCGACGUCCUCAUAUCCCCUCCACUUCGUGCAGCGCUUGGACUACUCCACGAGCGGUGUGCUGUGCAUCGCCAAAACGAAGGGGGCGGCCGCCCGCGCCGGACGUCUCUUUGAGAAGAGAGAGACUAGGAAAUAUUACUUGGCUGUUGUCAGGGGUCAUGUUGAAUGUGAGGUUGCUGAUAUUGAAUUCGAUGUUGGCGCGGACCCUCUCACCGCGCACUCUCUCCACAAGAUGGCGGCGCGCACUAGCUCCGCUAGCGUGUGUUCCGAUUCAAGGCGCGCGCACACACGCUUGUUGGUGCUGGAGACGGGUUACUAUGACAACGGGCCCGUUACCGUACUGCUGCUAAAGCCUAUCACAGGUCGUCGGCACCAGUUGCGCGUGCACUGCUCGUGCAUCGGCCACACGAUCCUGGGCGACUACACGUACAGCGGCCGCGCCGACCACGCCCCGCACAGGAUGUUCCUGCACGCCACCAGACUCGUACUGCCAGUGCCAUCCGAACCUCUCGACAUUCAAACCCCGGAGCCAUUCUUCCAAGACCCACAAUUCCUGGCCAAGUGGAAGUCUGAACGGCAGUUCUACAAAUACAAGACGAAGAAGGAUCUCCUAGACACCUGCGAGAUUUUAGACAAACCCUACGUGAUCGGUGUUAAAUACAAAAUGUUCUCAUGUGCGCAGACUUCUACAGUGGGCAAUGUUUAAUGGCAUUUUGCAUAGUCGUAAAAAGUCGAUAAUUCUACUGGCUUCAAUUGCAAUAUUCGGUACUCUUGUCACCAUAAUCACUGUUGUAUGGACUGUUACUUCAAACAGUAAUAAAAUUGAAUAGAUGGAGGAGAAUGUGAAGCCACGUUUUCAAGCAAACAGUAACCCUCCGUUCAGAGUUCGCGGCCCAGUGUACGGUGAAAACUCAUGCCUCGGAAGGAAUUUUAAGUGUAUAAUAUACGGUUUGAUAAUUUUAUCUUCCAUUUCCUUGGCAGCAAUUAUUAUUGUGUACUUAGUUAAACAAUAUAUGUAGUAAAAUCGUGCUUGAUU